AUGUCGCUACCGCGCGGCUCCAAGAAAAAAGACAAACGCAUUUUGUCGGCCACCUGCCCGGACCCCAAGUGUCAGGCAAGCCUGUUCUUCCCGGCACACUGCUCCGUUAGCAUCGAGUGCACCGAAUGCGGCCAGCGUCACGAGCAGAAGAACCUGCUCAACGUCCAAGAGGUGACCGAUCCAGAUGUGGUGCUCCACAACCUGCUCAGGAACGCCCUGCUGGGCGUCGCGGGCGCCCCGAAAAAAGGCAAGGCAACUGAGCUAGUCAAGGUGAUGGGGCUGUCCAACUACCAUUGCAAGCUGCUCUCUCCCGUUCUGACCCGCUACGGUAUGGACAAACUGAGCGGUAAAGCCAAGCUGCUGAGGGACAUGAACCAGGGCGAGACCUUCGACUGCUCGCUGCUGGGCGACCGGGCCUUCCUCAUUGAGCCUGACCAUGUGUCCACCAUGGGCUACGGCAAGGACCGCUCGGGAAGCCUGCUCUACCUCCACGACACCCUGGAUGAAAUCAAGCGGGCCAACGGCAACCGUGAGUGUCUCAUCCCUGUUCAUGUGGACGGAGAUGGCCACUGCCUGGUUCACGCCGUGUCUCGGGCGCUAGUGGGCCGCGAACUGUUCUGGCACGCCCUGCGCGAGAACCUGAAACAGAACUUCAAGCAGAACCUUGACCGCUACAAGGACCUGUUCCAGGACUUCAUCGACGCCGAAGAGUGGGAGGACAUCGUCAACGAGUGCGACCCGCUUUUCGUCCCGCCCGAAGGAGUGCCGCUUGGACUCCGCAACAUCCACAUCUUCGGCCUGGCCAACGUCCUGCAUCGGCCUAUCAUCCUGCUGGACUCGCUGAGCGGCAUGAGGAGCUCCGGGGAUUACUCAGCCACCUUUCUGCCGGGCCUGGUGGCCGAGGAGCGGUGCCGUGCAAAAGAUGGCGAGCUCAACAAGCCCAUAUGCAUCGCCUGGAGCAGCUCCGGGCGGAACCACUACAUCCCGCUGGUGGGCAUCAAGAACACAGAGCUACCCCGGCUGCCACCCCACCUGCUCCCCAAGGCCUGGGGAGUCCCACAGCAGCUCAUCCAGAAGUACAUCAAGGCCGAAGCGGACGGCGGCUGCGUGAUCGGCGGCGACCGUAGCCUGCGGGACACCUACAUCAUGCGGCUGGUGGGCGCCAUGGAAGAAGUCUUCAUGGAGAAGCACGGCAUCCACCCGGCGCUGGUGGCCGACAUGCACCAGUGGGUCUACCGGCGCACCGGCGUCAUCGGCAUUCAGCCCGAGGAGGUGACAGAGGCGGCCAAGAAGUCAGUGGCAGAGAACCGCCUCCACCGCUGCCUGGUCUGCGGUGCCCUCUCGGAGCUCCACGUGCCGCCCGACUGGCUGGUGCCGGGCGGAAAGCUCCACAACCUGGCCAAAUCCACCCACGGUCAGCUGCGGCCCGACAAGAACUACAGCUUCCCGCUCAACAAUGUGGUGUGCUCGUACGACCCGCAGAGCGACGCCCUCCUGCCCGACUAUAAGCUCAGCUCGCUCGACACUUGCAACUGGUGCCGGGGCGCCUCGGUGCGCCGCGUUCGGGCCAAUGGCCUGGUGGUCUACCUGGACGGCGACCGGACCGACACACGCUCACAAGGCGGCAAGUGUGGCUGCGGUUUCAAGCACUUUUGGGAAGGCAAGGAGUACGACAACCUCCCGGAGGCCUUCCCCAUCACGCUGGAGUGGGGAGGCCGCGCAGUCCGGGAGACGGUGCACUGGUUCCAGUAUGAGGGCGACCCGGCGCUCAACAGCAACGUAUACGACGUGGCCACCAAACUGGUCACCAAGCACUUCCCGGGCGAGUUUGGCAGCGAGAUCCUGGUGCAGAAGGUGGUCGACACCAUCCUGCGCCACACCGCCAAGAGGAACCCGGACGAGUACAACCCUGUGGCAGUGGACGGCGCCCACGACCGGCGCCUCACCGCCGCUGCGGAGAGCUCUCCGCCAGCGACGGCAGACCUGCCCACCAAGAUCAUCCUGACAGGGCCAAAAGGCAAGACACUCCACAAGGAGGAGCUGACCAUGAGCCAGGCUGAGCGUGACCUCCAGCAGAGCAUCAGCAACCGAGCCCCGGUCUUGCAGCGCCGCAGCGAGCGUGUCAAGCUGGACCCCAAGGAUCGCUCCCCAGGCACCCCCGCGCCCUCCUCAGCACCGGCCACCCCCACCAAGUCCUCGGCGGCUCCGGCGCAGUCCGGCGGGGAGAAGAAAAUCCGCGUGAGCGCCGGCGACGGCCGGAUGGCCACCCUGACGCUGGGGCCCCACGCGUCCUACUCGGACCUCCGCAACAGCAUCGCCGAGCACUUCGGGGUGGCACCCGGCCACAUGUGCAUCCGCUACGGCUUCCCCCCUCGGGAGCUGCCGCCGCCAGCCGCCGGCCACGAAAAGGAGCCGGUGGCGCUGAGGCACGGCGACCGGGUCACGCUGGAAAUCCUGAAAGGCGCCGACGAGGAGGCCGCGCCCGCUUCUGGGCCCCCGCUAGAGAAUGAGGAUGCCAUGGCAUUGGCCAGGAUGAGUGAGCGUGACCUUCAGGACAGCAUUGACCUUGAGAUGUCCUCGCUGUGUCUGCUGGCGACCUUGAUGGGCGAGGACGUGUGGUCGUAUGCCAAGAAGCUGCCACACUUGUUCCAGCAGGGCGGCGUCUUCUACAACAUCGUCAAAAAGGACAUGGGCCUGAUGAACGGGAAGCACUGUACGCUGCCACACCUGACGGGUCGCACCUUCGUCUACAAUGCGGCGGCGGCCCGCGUCGAGUUGUGCGCGGACACCGCCGGCCACUUCGAGGUGUGCGGCGAAGUGGAAGAGCGCGUGAAGGAGGCGCUGGCGCGGCUGCGCUCAGAUGCCUCCGGCGGCAGCAGGGAGGGCAGCCCGUCGCACGGCGGCCUGCGGCUGGGCGGCGGCGGCGCGGUGCGCAAGAAGGAGCAGCUGCAUACAGUCCAGGCCUUCCAGGGAAAGGGUCACUCGCUGGGUAGCCGCGGCGCCUCCCCUCCGCCGCUGGAGCGCCGGCCCAUUGCGCGCCAGCACAGCAGCGGCGUGGACCUCAGUGCCGGCGUGUCCUGCGGCGGACCCCCCGACCCGUCCCACAUCCCGGAGAGCGCCGGGCGCGAGCUGGUGCGCAUGGCGCCGGGCUUCAUGACGAUGAAGGACAGCCGCGGCCUGGACCCCGUCCUCAUGGAGCAGCAGCGCCGCAAACUGCAGGAAAUGGUCUCCUCCAUCCAGGCCUCGGUGGAGCGACACCUGCGCCGACAGCCCGCGCCCGGCGGACGGACCAUUGGUGGGCAGGAAGAUGCUGGCGGGAAGACCGAGGAGGAGGAAGACAUGGAGAGCCAGGACGGGGAGCGGGCCGAACCCAUGGACCACUCCUGAUCUUCGCCCUCGCUGAAUGCCGACUGCGGUUGGAAAAGGCCGCUGUGCUCGCCCGCGUUCUUAAGGCGCACAUGCCACUGAAUAAGUAGGCUUCUCGACAUAUGUAAAUCGUGCGCACGUUUUGUGUAUCUCUGGCGCAGAGCUGAUUAAGUUGCGUUUGCGUGUGAUACGAAUGGCACGUUUGACCUUGUGAGAUAUGUAAGAAGCGUGUGCGACGUAAGUUGCGCGCUUGUGAGAUACGUUGCUUGCAUAAUUUGUACUUAGAUGUGUCAAGUGCGAGUGCAACUUUUGCAUCAUGCGACUGAUAUUU